AUGACCAGGGUCCGCGAGGAACACUCCCGUCUGCAAGGGGUUGUGGUGUCGCUGAACAAGAAAAUCUCACAAGUGUUGGCGAAGCAAGAGGGCGACUUUCUCGCGGCGUAUAGAGCUCACAUGUACACCGUGCAGAAGGAGCUGCAGACUCUCCGUCAACGCGUGAUCGAAGCAGAGAAUGUCCUCCAGAAAAACGACAAGGUGCAAAAACUCGAGGACGAAUGCGACUGGUACCGCAAGGAAGCCCUGCGGCUCGACAGCUUCAACACGGCGAUGAAGAAGGAUCUAAAAUACAUGAAGGGGAAGCUAGAAAUACUUGGUGGGUGA